CUUUUUUCUUCCCCUGGUAGUAUCAGAGGGUCGAUACGCAUGUGCAUGAAUUAAAGAUUUUUUUCUCCAAUUAUGCGUACGAGUACAACUUUUGCAGGCAUCUUUUGAGACUUGAGAAUUUCAUGGUAUUCUGUGUGAACGACUGAUGGCCGUCAUGUUAUUAAAUGCUGCGGGAUGUGUACCGAUGCGCUUUGUCGGAUUAAGUUGGAGUGGCAGCAAAUAACGCGUUUUCCGCCAUGGAGCCACAUCUGAACCGAUGAUGGUUUUAGUUCGUCUGUAAUACUGCCCGGACUACAGGUAAAAGUCUUUGUCCACCCUGGUGCCGUGGAGUGGAUCCUGACUGAAGCUGUGCGGCUACCGCAGGGAUCAAGAGCGCGCAGCUGAUAUGGGUCCUGCUGUGUGUGGCAAGAGAUUAGCGGGCCUCAUCUUUCUCCAAGCCUCUUCACUUGUGAUGUUCGGUUCUGGUGAAAGGAUGUGCCCCUAUAGCUGCAACUGCGAGGGAAAGAUCGUCCAUUGUGAGUCAUCCGGCUUCCAGGACGUCCCUGAAAACAUUUCUGUUACUUGCCAAGGUCUGUCCCUGCGCUACAAUAACCUGCACACAAUGCUCCCCUACCAGUUUGCCCAUCUCAACCAGCUGCUCUGGCUCUAUCUGGACCACAACCAAAUUGAAUUUGUGGAUAGCCGUGCUUUUCAGGGGGUGCGGCGGUUGAAGGAGUUGAUCUUGAGCUCUAACCGGAUAUCACAGCUGCACAAUGUCACGUUCCACGGAGCACCAAACCUCCGCAAUCUCGAUCUCUCCUAUAAUAAGUUGCAGGAGCUGCAGCCAGGCCAGUUUUUUGGUCUUCGAAAACUACAGAAUUUGCACUUGCGUUCUAACGGGCUAUCUACCAUCCCUGUCCGGGCAUUUCUGGAGUGCAGGAGUUUGGAAUUUCUGGAUUUGGGCUACAAUCGGCUUCGUGUUGUCACUCGCACUGCAUUCCUGGGGCUAUCUCGACUAAUGGAACUCCACCUGGAGCACAAUCAGUUUUCAAGAAUCAACUUCUUUCUCUUUCCUCGUCUGGUAAACCUUCGUUCCUUAUAUCUGCAAUGGAACCGCAUUCGAGCUGUCAAUCAAGGUCUUCCGUGGAGCUGGUACACCUUGCAGAAGCUUGAUAUUUCUGGCAACGAGAUACAGACACUCGAUCCUGUAGUGUUUCAAUGCCUUCCCAAUCUUCAGGUUCUCAACUUGGAGUCUAACAAACUGGCAAAUGUGACCCAACAAGUUGUGGCCGCCUGGAUUUCCCUGACAACUAUUAGUCUCGCUGGUAAUAUGUGGGACUGUGGGCCGGGCAUUUGUCCUCUUGUCGUAUGGCUCAAGAAUUUUAGAGGCACUAAGGACACCAGUAUAAUCUGCAGCAGUCCCAAGUACCUUCAAGGGGAGAAGGUUAUGGAGGCCACAAAAAACUUGAUUGACUGUGAUGAUUAUGAAAUCACCGCUCAGUCACCUUUAUAUCUCCAAACCUUCGAGCCAAGUUUUGAGCUCACCGUUGAACCCACAAUGGCUCCUACAACAUCCCCUCCACCCCUGCCUUCACCCGCUUCCGAAGCACCCAUUCCUCCUCCCCAACCGCAACCUCCUCAACGGCCCACCUUUCCCAGCCGUACACAUACACAUCCCAGGGACUCCCAUCACUGGACACCCUCAUCCUCCAACAGUAUAUUAGUGACCCCAGCUCCUGAUCCGGACAACGUUUCAUUCCACAAAAUGGUGAUGGGGGGCGUGGCGCUGUUUUUCUCUGUAUCGUUCAUCUUGUCAGUUAUUUACGUGUCCUGGAAACGAUACCCCGGUGCCACCAGGCUGCUUCAGCAGAAUUCAGUUGUGGGUCGAAAACGGAGGAAAAAGAGUCAGGAGCCAGAACAGAACCUGAGUUCCCAGCUCCAGGAAUAUUACAUGAGCUACAACCCCGCCGCCUCACCGGAAGCCAUGGAGGUGCUGGGCAAUGGGACAGGUACCUGCACCUGCACCAUAUCCGGCUCCAGGGAAUGUGAGAAUGAAUACACCUGUCCGAGACCAUUACCUGGAGCUUGGAUUGGAGACAUGCCCACAAUACACUAACAGGAAUGUUUUGUUAACCACAAAGUAAUCCACGGGCGGAUUUUUGUGCCUACCUGCAUUAUACCAAUCACAUCAACUUUUGUUCCCGUCAUGCCACUCAUAUUGUCAUUGCUUCGAGAGCGUUCCGGAUAUCCCUGAAUCAUCACAAAUUGGACAUUUGAGAGACAGAACAGCUUCGGCAAGUCCUCAGAUGCAUAUUUAACUACAAUUCUCUUUGGAUGGCCCACUUUGUUCUCAAAUUCACCAGGACAGACUUGACCAAACAGGUGGGUGUGUAGUUCAUUGGGGUUGUGAUAAAGCAUCCAGAUGGACCGCAUGGAACAGGGUCACAGCGCUCAAAUAAAGACCAAUGAAACGUAUCCAGCCUUUUAUGAAAUACCCAGUGCCAAAAUGAACUGAACUUUUGAAUGAAACUGUAUGUGGGAUCUUCACAUAGACUCUAAAUGUGACUGAACCACAGUCUUUGUUUAUACACCCUCGAAUUUAAAGCCCAUCCUUUGUUAUUUAAUGGAAAUACUCUCAAAGUUUGUGUAUAAGAAUAUCUGAUAAUAAAAAUGACUUUGAGGUAAAACUCUAAUGUUUGCUGUCUAAUACUGGAUUUGUCUUGCAGGUCCACUGGAUUUACUGUGUACAGUUUUGUUUCAUUGAGAGCCCUUUAUAACAUUAAUAGACAUUGUGCUGUUAUGGAGACUUUAAACAUGACCU